GACCACAAUUUUACUUCUAUCUUUUGAUUUUAUGACAACUAGAGAAGCAAGGUGUUGAGAAGAACUGCUUCUCUCUUUUCUUGGCAAUGGCAACUAUGCACUCUCUUGCAUUCUCUUCUCCACUCUACAACUCAAUUCAGAAGCCACGCUCAUACUCAGCCACUUCUUUAAUUAUCCAUGGAAGUUUGAACUUAAAUUCCUCAUUCAAUGGUCAACAUUUGCAUGUGCCAAGUUUGAGGUUACCGAUGAUAACUCAAAAAACUCCCAUGCACAUGCCGGUUAUCAUGAUGGCAGGGAAGCCCAAAAUUCAAUUCAUUCAAGGAACUGAUGAACUGACAAUACCUGAUGUGAAGCUGACAAAAUCAAAGGAUGGAACAAAUGGCAUGGCUAUCUUCAGGUUUGAUCAACCCUCAGUUUUUGAUUCUUCUGGAGAAGUAGGUGACAUUACUGGUUUUUAUAUGAUUGAUGAGGAAGGAGUCCUUCAAUCUGUUGAUGUAAAUGCUAAAUUUGUCAACGGAAAGCCCUCAGGAAUUGAAGCCAAGUAUAUAAUGCGGACUCCACGGGACUGGGAUAGGUUCAUGAGAUUCAUGGAGCGAUACUCUGAUGCUAAUGGUUUACAAUUCAUAAAAUAUUGAGUUGAUGUUCUAACUUUUUCCCUUCUAUUUUUUUGUCCUCUGUCAAGAAGUUUGUUUUCUGUAAUUUAGUUACCACCAUGUAACUGCUUUCCUAUAGAUCCCAAAGCUUAUUGUUCCACACCUCUACGGCUUUCUUUUAUAAUGAUUAAAAAAAGGCAAGAGUUUUUGUUAGGAAAUAUUGUAAUACAAACAUGCAGCUGCAUUGCAAUUCUUUGAGCAUGUUGUCUGUUGUUUUUUCUACUGA